CUCCGGCACCUGUGGCACCCUCUACUUGCUUUCUGGUGCCCUCGAAGCACCUCCACUUUGUGUAUCUUUUUGUAUUGUUGACCUUACACGUUUUUACUCUCCGUAGGCUCUAUUCUUCGCGUCGUUUACUCGCGCCGUCGUUUUUUCGAAUCAGCGGAGGUGGCUUAUGUAAUGUAUUUGUUUUGGCCCCCUCUUAUCGGUCUGCGAUGUGAUCAGCUACCACCACCAUGUCCGAGCCCACCAUGCAGCCUGUACCACCCCUGCACAAUGUCAACGAGGAAGCUGUGAUCGAAAAACAGGUUUCAGAUGAGAUGCUCCACCUUGAGCUGGAGGAGGCUUCCGAGGCUGAAGCCAAGCUCGACAUUCUCUUAACCGAGUGUCUUGAGGAUUUUCCAGAUGAUGAUCAGUCUGAGAUAGCCCAGUAUGCUGCUAACAUUGCACGGAACAGCAUCACAGAUCAAACACGAACGAAGCACCUGAGGAUCAUCAAAGCAUAUAUCACGUUUCAUAUGAGACGAACACCCGACUGGGACCCCAAAGCAGUGACGAGGAACACGCCAUAUGAUGUCCGGCUGUUCAUCACUCAGAAGUGUGGACCGAAGGCCGAUGGCUACGAAGGACGUAAGUUCUCCACUGCAAUUUCAACUCGAGCAGCCCUCACACUGUGGUAUCGCUCUGUCCGGCCAUCAGAGAGUGUUGCCGAGUGGCGAGUCCAUGACACCACAGGGCAGUGUGCUGGCCUUCCAACGAGAUCUCGUGCUGUGUCCGAGUUUAUGAUUGGUCUCGAAAAGACAAAGGCAAGGCAGGGGGAGGUCUCUCAGUCAGCACGGGCCCUUUUGCUGGAUGAUGUGUACCGCCUCCAUGACUACUGCAUGAUGCGCCAUGGCCUUAAUGAUGCAGAUCGACGACGUGGCAUUGUCCGAUAUACAGUCUUUCUCUUUGCGUGGCUCCUUGUGCUUCGAGUCGAGGAAGCGUUGAGCCUCACAUUCGAGAGCAUUGAUGCCCUCCCCAAUGAGAGAGCGUACUUUGAUGUUGACCUUGGUACUCGUAAAAAUGCACAGACAGGUGUCUCCCAGCGGAUGCGUCUCUGUGCGAAUGAUGAAGACCCAAGGAUAUGCCCAAAGCGGGCCUUGAUCAGACUUGCAGCUCUGUAUGGAGAAAAUCACGACUGCACUGGACCCUUAUUUCUGAUGAUCAACAAGAAUGGUGCAGUGACCACUCAACCACUGUCUUCCACUACCAUUAGCCGAGCGCUUGCAAGAGACCUACAGGGCCUUGGAUACAAGUCAUGGGCAUUGUAUGGGACACACUCCUUCCGUCGAGGGGGAUGUCAACACCGCCUUCGAGAUCAGGGUUGGUCCCCUGGCAUGGUUGCUGCAUGGGGUGGCUGGUCACAGGUUGAGGCAGUCACCAUGUUCAGCGGCUACACCAGGGAUCAAUGGGUCUAUUAGUAGGAUAGAUAAUAAAUGCAAUUGUA